CUUCAAUUUAAGAUGAAUGUCAAAACGUUUUGAGGAUUGGAGCCUUUUUGGGGACGAGUGAAGCUGUAUUCAAUACCUAGGGCUACCGGUACGCGCCAUCCUAACUAUGCGAUUUCAGCCGCUGGCUCACAUUAGUAACAUGUACUAAUACCAAUUAAACAUUUUAAUGUUGAGGCUCUCUUAUUUCUACCUGUUGCAACAGUACUAAGUCGCUCCAUUGCCGACUGCCAACGGAGCCAUGGACAGCCGCAGUCGGGAACCUCGCGACUUGGAUCCUCGACAAAAUCGCAAAUGGUCCGGUGUCCUUGAGUCUCUUUUCUGGACGGUUCUUGCGCUCGGUAUCGUGUUGUACGGCUCCGGCCAGCACGACUUAGUGACCUUGCUGUUCCAUGACAGCCGGGUGAACAGGGCGUUCCUGUGGUUCGGCCUCAUCAAUGUCGUCCUCAACAUCCUCCUCUUCACCUACGUCUACGGCUGGCUGGGCUACGUGCGCGGUCUGCCCGACCCCGCCCGCAGCGGCACUCUUGCGGUGCCUGCGGGUGCAGUCACCUUCGUCUCAACCUUCCUGGCGUUCGUGUUGGCUCUGUGGCCGGUGUUUGGAGUGCUCUCGCUGCUGCAGGUGGUGCUGGUGACGUACGGGAUCAUAUCGGCGCUCAACUUCAUUCCCGGGAUAGGGCCCCUUCGGGUGGGGCAGCGCACGAGGGGCGACGAGGGUAACAAGGAGGACUAGUGGGUGUGCUUGUAAGCAGCAGCAGCGGCACAGCAGAGCAGCCACUGCAGCACACCAGCAACGGCGGCGGCGGUUAAUGGCGGAUUGUAGACGUGGGGCGAAAUGGGAAUAGUCGAAGCGUUGGGGUGACAAGGAAACCCCGAACAUGUGGUGGCGUGCAAGGCUUCACUGCAUUGGGUGCUCUGGGGGGAUGCUGUGGGGAUAAAGAGGAAACAACGAACUGACUGAGGGAUAAGGCGUCAGCAUGAGGGAGGUCUGUGGAUGUGGCGCGGUCGGUUGCGAUUUGCGCGGCGUCAGUAUGAACGAGGGAGGCCUCUGGGGUUAUAAGGUAUGGCGGGGCUUGUGUUGGGCCUGCCUUCCGUGAACACCGCUCGCUGGAACAUCCCGCUGUGAAUGACUGGCAGCCCGCUCCGGUUACCGCACCAUGCUUCCGUCGUGCUAUGGGGCGGUGGAUCAUCAUCACCAUCGAAUUGGUGCAUGGGUUGCUGUGAGCACGAGUGGCAAUGACUACCGUAUGAGGUAUGUGCCGGAGGUAUGUGCCGCCAGGACGCGGGAUGGGUUGGCGCUUUCUUGCUCGCGCUGGUGA